UUUUCAAGUUUUUCUUCCUCUGUUUCGCAUAAUUACUUGACUUGUUAUUUAGAUUUCGUCGAACAGUCUCAACUCCAACAAGCGUUCAUUCUCCAAAUGGACUAAUGGACAACGAAGGAGAUAUCGAAGUAGUAAGAAAGCGAAUGAAACCAGCGGCGGUCAAGAAAGGAAAUGAGGCAGUUGAGGUCGUUGAAGAAGAGACAGAAACGAACGUUGCCGUAGCGGGAUCCGAAGAGAUGGAACUCAGCAUCGCUCGUCUCCUUGAAAGAAUCGAACGCUUCACUCAACUGGUGUCGGAGCUGCUGGAAACUGGGAAGAACAUGUUCAAGGAACUCAGCAAUGAAUUUGAGGAACGGAUGAUCAUAAUACACAAGGAACAGAUCGAGAAAUGGCAGGAGGAGAUAAAUGAGCUUCGAUUGAUCGACGCAUCAAAUGAGGAGGCUAACGCUGUUUUGCACAAUGCUCGCUUUUUACUACAUCAGAGCGCCCCAAAGUAACUGCUCUUCUGGUGCGCGG